AUUCCUCUCAAACAUCAUCACUCACACACCAACCCAAAGUGAUCAAGAGUAUUAGUAACCAAAACUCAUUUUCCAAGUUCCAAAUGGCUUCCAAGGUUGCUAUAAUCCUUGCCCUCAACAUCCUCUUUUUCACAGCUGUAACCUCCAACUAUGUUCCAUGUCCUCCACCACCCACAAAAGAUCACAGUCACUCACAUCCAAAGAACCCAACAUGUCCUAAAGACACAAUUAAGUUUGGUGUGUGUGCUGAUGUAUUAGGUUUGAUUAAUGUUGAACUUGGUAAGCCACCAAAGACACCAUGCUGUUCUCUCAUUGAUGGUCUUGCUAAUCUUGAAGCUGCUGUCUGUCUUUGCACUGCUCUUAAGGCUAAUGUCUUAGGCAUUAACCUUAACCUUCCCAUUAAUCUGAGCUUGAUACUUAAUUACUGUGGAAAGGGAGUUCCAAAGAAGUUCGUUUGCGCUUAAUUAAUAAACACUGCUACUUAAUAUGGCUGUGUUGUAUCACUAUAUUCGUUAUUCUUCAUAUGGUGUGUGAAUUUGUUUUUGCCAAUGAACACUUCGUUCAUACAUGAUUUAUUUGUUGUUAUUACUAUAUAAUUAUUGUUGUGAAUCUGUGAUGGUUGGAAAUUGAAGAAACUUUGUCUUCUUUUUCAACUUCACUAGUGAUUAGUCUUUUGUAUUCCAUGUAAGUGAAACUUCUUGUAUUGAUAAAAUUCUUAUUUAAGAUUGGGGUGUUUUGACCUAA